AUUUUUCGCAACAAAGGUUACAGAGGUGUUUCAUGUGCAUUUCUCAAAACGCUAAAGCAGAAGAACAUCAGCUUUCCCAUACUUAGGUAAAAAUGGAUUCCUUUCAAGAUUUAAGAGAGCUUCGGGGUAACCAGGGGAAGGAAGAAGAAGAGGGUGUUAUUUUAGUGGAACCGAUUACCAUGAUAGUGUUGCCAGAACUGCAGGAUUUGCCCGAAACCAUUAUAUUGGAGAGUAGCGUUGGUUCGAGCGCAGGUGGUGAUUCCGGCAACCACUAUUCUUCAGCCUCUAGAGAUUCGUCUACAAAGGGGACACCCAGUGAUGUGGGGGAUGCUGAAGAAGGUGUUCUUAGUUCGUCGGUGACAAGUACGGAGGCGAACGUGGUUGCAUUUGAAGAAUGGGAGAAUAAGGUUAUUAGUAGGAGAUUGGAUAACCUCCGUAAAGCACCAAAGACUCUCUUUACCAAUUUUAGGUUCAGGGCGGCAUUGCAUCAUGAUGUUGUAGACAACUCAGCCACGGUUAAGGGGGUGUGUACAGUGUCGAGGACAGGCUGGGUGCCAGUAUAUGUAGACUAUUUUGACGCCGAUCUACGUUUUCCUCUGCACGGGCUAAUUUUUGACGUUCUGGCAAAGUACGAGUUGGCCCUAACGCAGCUGACCCCUAAUAGCAUAAAGUUCGUUAUAGGGUUUAUAAUGUUGUGUGCGAGGUUGGAGAUACCUGCAAAGGCUGUGGUUUUCAAGUCGCUCUUCUUGUGUCGCAUAUGUCCCUCUACUAGUGGAACAAGCUGGAGAAAUGAGCAGCAUACUAGAGAGGCAACAUCAGCAAGCACAAAGCUCGAGGAAUUGUGGAACUGGGUAUGGUUCCCAAAGCUUGUUGCUGCUCGCACUUCGAACGUGCUACCUGCACUGGCACACGUUGUGGCUGAGCCUUUGAGCGCAUCCGCUUCUAUAGGGGGCCCUAAGAUUACAUACCUUGAGGGCUUCAGCUAUUUGAAAGCUAAUUUCCAAGCCACUAUUGUGCAAGGUAUGCAAAAUUUUGUUCCUUAUGUAGAUUGGCAGCGUGCAAAGAGGCACAUUCAACAGCAUGGGGACCAUGCUGCCAUGUUAAAGUUGAUGGACGUGUUCAGCUAUGCUGUACCACUCUUUGAGUGUGAGCAGGGGGCACGCAGACAAAACCAUGAGCUCAAGGAGAGCCGCAAGCAGUUGACCUCUGAUAAAGCAAGCUUGGAGGACAAAGUCAACGAGUUGAAGGAGAAGCUGGAAAAAGCUCAAGCCGAGAGGAACAACGACAUCCAAGCUGCGAAGGAUGAGGCCGAUUGUGCUAAAAACCGGUCCAAAAGAGCUGAAGCUGACAUGGAUCAAGCCUUUUACGAGUUGAACUCCCUGAAGGAUAGGCGCUUUGUCUGUAUUGGUUGGGCACAAGGGGUAGAGUGGUUAGUUGGAGCUGAUAUGUUCCAAGAUGUCGUGGCGAUCACCUCAGCGAAUACCACCACGGAUAUCUAUAACGAGAUUCGUGGGAAGGUGUUAUGGCAUCGGGCUGACUUCCCAAUUGGCGAGUUGGCCUUCUUCGAAGGGGAAGAGAUGGAUGAGCAAGGAAAGAGUCUCGCUCCUCCUGCUGAUGCUACGAUGAGGUUGAGGUGGGAACUUAAUGAAGAAGGAGUGCUGGUGUGGCCUUCAUCCAUUGUGGAAAAGAGGGAGGAUACCGAGGGCUUGAUAAGCUUUGAUGCUUGGGUGGUAGAGCCCUUUGAAGUAGAGGCUGAACCAUCAAGCAUUCCCCCCUCAUCCCAACCCGCCAUUGCUCUAGCUCUUCCUUCCCCAACUCGUUCUUCUCCAACUCAUUCAUCUUUUGCUCGAGCUUCUGUUGUGCCUGUUGACGCGUCCAUCCCCGUCGAUCUGACGGAUGAUUAGUUUAGGAUUGUUUCUUUUCUUUUGUGCUUUUAUACUGGUUAUUUGACCCAUUUAAACAUUCAAAUCAUUAUCUCUUGUACUUCAAUUGUAAAUUUUGAAUAGAAAUACGAAUUUGGAGAUUUUAUGGAAUUUCUGUGUUCAUUGAACUAUGUACAUAUUUCGCAUAUUCUAAGUAAAUUAACUAUAAUAUU